UGGCGGACUAGAAGAGGCGGCGACUCCCCUGGAUGCAAGGAAUAAACUGGGAUUCACGUCCCCCUAUGCCUCGAGGAAGACGGAGAGAUACAAAUGUGUUAUAGAGACCUUCGGUAACAUUGAGGAAUGUUUGGGACCGUUCUAGUCACUCGUUAGGAUAAACAGACGUGCGAUCUUUUGCCUCCAAAUUGCCUGUCCCAGAUCGUUCCUAUCACUGACACAGCCCCCCCACACACACUUGGAUACUGGAGUGUGGAGACGGGCCGGGGUUGAGAACGUGUGAAAAGGAAGAAAGGAAUUUCACUACUGUAGAUAUUCAGGAUUGUAUUACACCAAACGGGCGUCGUGGACCACACUGUGCGAAUGAGUGAUUGAUGCCAACUUCGCUUCUUAAGGGCAGUAUGGGUGUGUCUCCCAUGCUCCUGUUGCUCAGUGUGGCCCUCAGGGUCUCCGUCUCGGACCAGGGACCACCUCUCACCCCCACAGGAGGUCCAGUCCCCACUGCCAAAUCCAAGGACCCUCCCUCCACCACCCUCCCCAAUGUUCCCUUGACAACAACCAUCACCCCCCCUCCUCCCCCUCCAACAACCACAGCCCUGAAGGUUGCCACGACGACAAUGACAACUACCACAACCGUGGAUGGUGUCAUAUUGACUGCAGGCCCCAGUGGUGCCACCCCUGCGCCCGUCCCCCCUCCACCAACCCCUGGCCCAACCGAAGCCCCCCAAAUCCAUACAGGGGUGAACUCCACCCCGCAGCCACCCCCUGCUCCAACCACAAUCAGUCAGGGAGGGGGUGGGGAGAAUGGGACCUCUGUUCCAGAGACUCAGUCACCAGACACCGCCACCAACACAGACACAAAACCAACGGUGGAAGCCACGUCGGCCACUAGCGGGGCUACUGUUCCAGGUGGUGGAGAAGAAGACACCGAUGACACGCCCAUCAUUGCGGUGAUGGUGGCUCUGUCGUCCCUGCUCGUCAUUGUCUUCAUCAUCAUCAUCCUCUACAUGCUCAGGUUUAAGAAGUACAAGCAGGCCGGCAGCCAUUCUAACUCCUUCAGGCUGACCAACGGUAGAUCAGAUGAUACAGAGCUCCAGAGUGUGCCACUAUUGGCCCGUUCACCCAGCACCAACAGGAAGUACCCUCCCCUUGUUGUCGACAAGCUGGAGGAGGAGAUGAAUCGUCGCAUGGCUGACGACAACAAGCUCUUCCGGGAGGAGUUCAACGCGCUGCCGGUGUGUCCCAUUCAGGCGUCGUGCGACGCGGCCUCUAAAGAGGAGAACAAGGACAAAAACCGAUACGUCAACAUCCUGCCAUAUGAUCACUCCAGGGUGCAUUUGUCAUCACUAGAGGGAGUUCCAGACUCCGACUUCAUCAACGCAUCCUUCAUCAACGGGUACCAAGAGAAGAACAAGUUCAUUGCAGCUCAAGGGCCAAAGGAGGAGACGGUGAACGACUUCUGGAGAAUGAUCUGGGAACAGAACACAGCCACCAUCGUCAUGGUGACCAACCUGAAGGAAAGAAAAGAGAAAUCCAUACAGCGGCAAUCUCUCUGUGUGUCUCAGUGUAAGUGUGCCCAGUACUGGCCAGACCAGGGCUGCUGGACCUACGGCAACAUCCGGGUCUCUGUGGAGGACAUGAUGGUGCUGGUGGAUUACACCAUCCGCAAGUUCUGCAUCCAACAGGUGGGGGAUGUGGGGGGUAAGAAGCCUCAGCGGCUGGUGACCCAGUUCCACUUCACCAGCUGGCCAGACUUUGGCGUCCCCUUCACGCCCAUCGGCAUGCUCAAGUUCCUCAAGAAGGUCAAGACCUGCAACCCCCAGUACGCUGGCCCCAUCGUGGUCCACUGCAGUGCGGGGGUGGGGAGGACCGGUACCUUCAUAGUGAUAGAUGCAAUGUUGGACAUGAUGAACACCGAGAGAAAGGUGGACGUCUUUGGCUUUGUCACACGUAUCAGAGCCCAGCGCUGCCAAAUGGUCCAGACAGACAUGCAAUACGUGUUCAUCUUCCAGGCCAUGCUGGAGCACUAUCUGUAUGGGGACACCGAGCUGGAGGUGACCUCCCUGGAGUCCCACCUGGCCAAGCUCUACGCCCCCUCCGCCGCCGGCUGUGGGGGCAUGGAAGCGGAGUUCAAGAAGCUGACUUCCAUCAAGAUCCAGAACGACAAGAUGAGAACAGGCAACCUGCCAGCUAACAUGAAGAAGAACCGAGUUCUCCAGAUCAUCCCAUAUGAGUUCAACAGAGUGAUCAUCCCAGUCAAGAGAGGGGAGGAGAACACGGACUAUGUCAACGCCUCCUUCAUUGACGGGUACCGUCAGAAGGACUCGUACAUGGCCAGCCAGGGUCCGCUGCAGCACACCAUCGAAGACUUCUGGAGGAUGAUCUGGGAGUGGAGGAGCUGCUCCAUAGUCAUGCUCACUGAGCUGGAGGAGAGAGGACAGGAGAAGUGUGCCCAGUACUGGCCCAGUGAUGGGGUGAUAGUGUGUGGGGACAUCUCCAUCGAGCUGAAGAAGGAGGAGGAGAGUGAGAGCUACACUGUUAGAGACCUCCUGGUCACCAACAACAGGGAGAACAAGGCUCGUACGGUGAGACAGUUUCAUUUCCAUGGCUGGCCAGAAGUGGGCAUUCCCAGUGACGGGAAGGGAAUGAUCAACAUCAUUGCUGCGGUCCAGAAGCAGCAGCAACAAUCUGGCAACCACCCAAUCACUGUCCACUGCAGUGCGGGCGCGGGGCGGACGGGGACCUUCUGUGCCCUGAGCACGGUCCUGGAGCGGGUGAAAGCUGAGGCCAUCCUGGACGUCUUCCAGACCGUCAAGAGCCUUCGACUGCAGAGACCCCACAUGGUGCAGACACUGGAGCAGUACGAGUUCUGCUACAAAGUGGUCCAGGAGUAUAUUGAUGCCUUUUCUGACUAUGCCAACUUCAAGUAGGGACAGACCCACACAAGGGACGGACAUCCAUAUACAGUCAUAAAAACAAAGCAAACACACGUGUACCCGACGGAAGCAAAGAAACUGGUCACGGCUUAGAUGACUGGACAGCCUGUGUGCUAGAAGGAAAAUGGAAGGGAAGUCUUGUGACAGAGCAAGUGCAGCGCUGCAGUGUACUGGAGGGAGGGAGGGAAUAUCAGAGAUGAUGCCUUGAAUAUUUUGUAAUAUUGAUCUUGUUAAUACGGCCCCCUUGUCCCAAUCUUUCCCCAUCCAGACAUCCCCCAAUCAUGUACAUAUACUUAGCCUGUCACAUUUUGUUGUUUUGUUUUUUAGACCUUUUUUGCUGCAAUUUUAGGGUGAAGUUAUAAUGUAUUUUAUUGGUUUAUAUAAAUAUAUAUGAAUAUAAAUUGGACACUUGAGGCUAAUGUCAAAAAUUGCGAAUUGAGGGAAUGAUGUUGGUGUUUUUUUUAUUUCUCUUGUCUUUUGUUUUUUAUGGUUCAGUGACUGAGACUUACGUGGUUGAUGGCUUCAUCUGAUUCAGGCUGCAGCUUAAAGCUGAUAGGUCGACCUCAGAGGAAUUGAUUUACACAGCCAAUCAGAAUUCUUCUGUUCACACGAACGCACACACGCUACAGCUGGCCAGAAGCACAUCCAGAAUUGGUCAUGAUGGCUUUGCUAAUCACAUGGUCCAAACUCUUUCGACUAGUUUUCCGUUGAGUUCACACAGAGGUCAAUGAAUCAUGGCAGGACUGAAGGCGUAGCUAGCCACAUAUCUCCAAUACAUUGUGGCUUUGCUGUGUUUGUGUUCAAGGACCUAGGAAACGCUGUAAUUUAGGUGGUCUUAUACAUGCUGGGCGUCAGUGGAUUAUAUGUGUGUAGAAAGUUUAGGGAAGUUGAAGUUUCCCAUACUGAAAAGAUAUCAAACGUCAAAUAUAUUGAAAUGUAAGGAGCGUGUUGAAGAUUUGGCCAGCAAUGCAUUCAAAAUAGCCUUUGCAUAAUAAUGAUGAGUAUGAGGUUGAUAUGUUGCCACAAUAUAAUGAUUCUUUCAGAAUGACCCUGUAUAAAACUGUCGAUUUUGGGUGUAUGUCCAUAUAUCUCAACAUAUAGUAACCAUGCAAUUACUGUGCAUUUCCUAUCUUUGUUGCAUCAUGGAAAUGAACCAAUUCUUAUGUAUGUUUUCAUAUUUAAUUGCUUACAGUUGGAAUGGGGGAAAACAUGUCCUAUCUCUUAUUUACGCGUCAUUCCAUUUACUUGUUUGUAAUCUAUUGGGUAUAUUUCUUUUCGGUAUAGGUUGGUUGAGAAGAUUACGUCAAAAUGUGAAGACCCCCUCUGUUUUUCAACUGGGGCCUGUUCAGGGUGAUGAAACAUUACAGAAUGUUCAGAUAGAAAUGUAUUGUGUAGAACAUAUAUGGUUGUCAUAUAGAAUAGAAAUUGUCAGCUCUUCAUUAUAUUUCUAUCUGCACCAUUUAGAACGUCUAUCUGUUAGUGUUUUAUUGAAAUAGAAUUCAACGCCAAUGAAAUAGAAUUCAACUCCGAUGUCACAUACUGAGAAUUUGUUAUACUUUAAUGCUGUUGCUUUGAUACUCCCACCCUCAAAUGGAUAAAUUGUUAAUUUUAAUAUUGAAAUGUGUGACAUGAUGGAAUGUUUGCAGUGAUUUUGUUUUUCUCUUCGGAAUGGCUGCCUAUAAGGACAGCUUGGCUAGAAACACACGCUAUGGGUUUGUGGAUGAGGCCACCCUCGGGCGUACCUCAGUCUUUAGUUUUUUUUUUUUUUGUAAUGAAAGAUAAAUGAUGUCAGUUAGCUAGCAACAAGGUUGAGGUCAAUUCCAUCUCUGCUUGGUCAACUCAGGAAAUGAU